UGCGGGGCUGGCCCGGCGAGGAGGCGGGACACGUCGGCGCUGCCACCCGCCGCCGCCGCUCCUCCUUCUGUUCCAGCUGCCGCUGCCGCCGCUUCCUUGGCUGAGUCCGCCCGCGGUCCGGUGGCUCCAGGUGUGUUCACCCCGCCCAGCUGCCAGAGCCCGCCGCCGCCGUAGCUGCCCCGGCUCCUCGCCCCGCUUCCGAGAUGGCGACGCGCUCCUGCCGGGAGAAGGCUCAGAAGCUGAAUGAGCAGCACCAGCUCAUCUUGUCCAAGCUGCUGAGGGAGGAGGACAACAAGUACUGCGCCGACUGCGAGGCCAAAGGUCCUCGAUGGGCUUCCUGGAAUAUUGGUGUGUUUAUUUGCAUCAGAUGUGCUGGAAUCCAUAGAAAUCUUGGGGUUCAUAUAUCCAGGGUCAAGUCAGUCAACUUAGACCAAUGGACACCAGAACAGAUACAGUGCAUGCAAGAUAUGGGAAAUACUAAAGCAAGACUACUCUAUGAAGCCAAUCUUCCAGAGAAUUUUCGAAGACCACAGACAGAUCAAGCAGUGGAAUUUUUCAUCAGAGAUAAAUAUGAAAAGAAGAAAUACUACGAUAAAAAUGCAAUAGCUAUUACAAAUAUUUCCUCCUCUGAUGCUCCUCUUCAGCCUUUGGUGUCCUCUCCUUCUCUACAAUCUGCUGUUGAGAAAAACAAAUUGGAGAAAGAAAAGGAAAAAAAAAAGGAAGAGAAAAAGAAAGAAAAGGAACCAGAAAAGCCUGCAAAACCUCUUACAACUGAAAAGCUGCAGAAGAAAGAAGAUCAGCAGUUGGAGCCUAAAAAAAGUACCAGCCCUAAAAAAACUGCAGAGCCCACUGUUGAUCUUUUAGGACUUGAUGGCCCUGCCGAGGCACCAGUGACCAAUGGGAACACAACCACGGUGCCAUCCCUGAAUGAUGAUCUGGACAUCUUUGGACCAAUGAUUUCUAAUCCCUUACCUGCAACGGUCAUACCCGCAGCUCAGGGGACACCCUCUAUACCUGCGGCUGCCACUCUGUCUACAGUAAUAUCUGGGGAUCUGGAUCUCUUCACUGAGCAAGCUACAAAGUCAGAAGAGGUAGCAAAGAAACAACUCUCCAAAGAUUCCAUCUUAUCUCUGUAUGGCACAGGAACCAUUCAGCAGCAGAGCACCCCUGGUGUGUUUAUGGGACCCACAAAUAUACCAUUUACCUCACAAGCACCGACUGCAUUUCAAGGUUUUCCACCAAUGGGCGUGCCUGUGCCUGCACCUGCAGCUCCUGGCCUCCUAGGAAAUGUGAUGGGACAGAGUACAAGCAUGAUGGUGGGCAUGCCCAUGCCCAAUGGGUUUAUGGGAAACGCACAAACUGGUGUGAUGCCACUUCCCCCAAAUGUGGUUGGCCCCCACGGAGGAAUGGUGGGACAGAUGGGCGCGCCCCAGAGUAAGUUUGGCCUGCCGCAAGCUCAGCAGCCCCAGUGGAACCUCUCACAGAUGAAUCAGCAAAUGGCCGGCAUGAGUAUCAGCAGUACAAACCCCGCAGUGGGUUUUGGCCAGCCCCCCAGCACAACAGCGGGCUGGUCUGGAAGCUCAUCGGGUCAGACUCUCAGCACACAGCUGUGGAAAUGA